GUCUUUUUUGCAAUUUCUUGUCUCAAGUCACAACCCUUCUGAGCAGACCAGUCUCACACACUCUCGUCAAUCUCCAUUCUCCGAUUCUCCGCUCUAUGCCGCCGAUUGCUCAUUCCGGACUCUGCUUCUCAUAAAGACGGAAGGUACUAUCUGCGGAAGUCCAGGUGUCAUGAGCAUUCACAACCUUCAAACCAGUUCAAUUCGGAAGGAUUUUACUGAGCCUUCCGUAGUUUGUGCUGCUCGACGAAAGCCAAAAUUGGUUUAUGCUGCGCCUCAGCUGGUCUCCAGAACCAAAAAACUUUCAAUACAAUGUGGGGUUCAAUUUCGCCCUUGCAUUGACAUACACAAGGGGAAAGUUAAACAGAUUGUUGGAUCCACUCUUCAAGAUUCUAAAGAGGGAGAAUCAGGUCUUAUCACUAACUAUGAAUCUGAUAAAUCGGCUGCAGAAUAUGCUAAAAUGUAUAAGGAUGACGGGCUUACGGGUGGCCAUGUGAUCAUGCUUGGGGCUGAUCCAUUGAGCCAAUCAGCAGCAAUCGAAGCAUUACAUGCUUAUCCUGGUGGUUUGCAAGUUGGAGGUGGUAUCAAUUCAAGUAAUGCCUUGAGUUACAUAUACGAAGGAGCAAGCCAUGUUAUUGUUACAUCAUACGUAUUUAGUAAUGGACAAGUUGAUUUCGAAAGGCUAAAGGAACUUGCUCAUGCUGUGGGGAAACAGAGACUUGUGUUGGAUCUUAGCUGCAGAAAGAAGGAGGAUAGGUACGCAGUUGUCACAGAUAGAUGGCAGAAAUUCACGAAUGUAUAUCUUGAUAAAAAAGUGUUGGAUUUUCUCGCAAACUAUGCGGAUGAGUUUCUGGUCCAUGGAGUUGAUGUUGAAGGCAAAAAGCUGGGAAUUGAUGAAGAGCUUGUGGCUUUGCUUGGCAGGCAUUCACCAAUUCCAGUGACCUAUGCUGGUGGCGUCACCACAAUGGCUGACUUAGAGAGGAUUAAAGUAGCAGGGAUGGGACGUGUAGAUGUCACUGUUGGCAGUGCUUUGGAUAUUUUUGGGGGUAAUCUACCUUACAAGGACGUAGUCGCCUGGCAUUCUCAGCAAGAGGCUUUGGCACUUUGACAUACCUUAGCUUUACAAAAUUCAGACAUUUUUUUUGUAAUGCCGGGUUACCCUAGAUGCAUAAUGUACAAAAAUUGAAGCAUGAUAAACUGUUUAGAGCCACAUGGCUGUGGAUUUUUUUGGCUGAAGAUGCUUGCAACAAGUAGAAACUUAUUUGUUUUGAGGUUU